AUGGUAAGGGUUUGCCUGGUAACUGGGGGCACCGGGUUGCUAGGAAAUAGUUUACGGGAAGUAAUAAAAAAGGAAACCCCUCAUUUUGUAGAAAAUGAAAAUGAGAUAAUUGUAAACUCUGGGGAUAACAACGUAAUUAAGAAAUAUAUUUUUCUAAGUUCAAAAAUGUGUGAUUUAAAAAAUUUUGAUGAAGCGCAACAAUUUUUCGAAAAAAACGAAAUUACAGACAUCGUGCAUUUUGCGGCAUGUGUAGGUGGUCUGUACGCAAAUAAAAACAACAACCUGCAGUUUCUGGUGGACAACUUGGAGAUUAACCUAAACGUGGUUAAACUCUGCCACAGGUAUUCGAUUACGAGAGGAAUAUUCACCCUGUCCACUUGCGUCUUCCCAGAAAAGUGCACUUUACCUUUAACUGAAGAAGACAUACAUGAGGGAAGGUGCCACCUGAGCAACGAAGGAUACAGCAUGUCGAAAAGAGUUCUGGAAGUGAUGGUCAGAUUUUACAGAGAAAAAUACAACUACCAGUGGAUCUGCAUAAUACCCACAAAUGUGUAUGGCAAAUACGACAAUUUUAACUUAGCCUCUUCGCACGUAGUGCCUUCUAUUAUUCAUAAGAUUUAUUUGGCAAAAGUGAACAACACCGACGUGCGGCUCAUGGGCGAUGGGACGGCUGUCCGCCAAUUCAUUUACAACAGAGACGUAGCCACCAUUUUGCUCUACAUCCUCAACACGUAUUAUUGCAAGCAUUUCACGAUAGUUAAGGAUGAAAUUUGCAGCGUUAUAUUCUCCACUAAUUUGCCUUCAAACGAAUUGACCAUUAAGGAGUUGGCCGAGAAAAUUAAACGUUUCCUAAAAUUCGACAAAGAAGUAUUGUUCGACGAAACAGCGGAUAACGGAAUUCACCGGAAGACAUCGAGCAACGACAAGUUAAUGAGAAUUCUGGAUAACUCUUUCGCGUUUACUGACAUGGACAAGGGUUAA